GCGAACCCUCUUGGCUGACCACCAUCAAGAUAUGGGUGCCUUGCUGGUCGACAAAAAGGCAUACGAGCUGUGAGGUUGCAGCAUUGAGCAUCUCAAGUAUAAAACCUCGUACUCUGGCUGGAGAGUUGCAAAAACCAUCAUCAGCAUCUUCAACUCUACACAUUCAACUACAUAUCUUCGCUUAUACUUGAGCCACCUUGGCAGCCGGCAACAUGGCUCUCAAGGACCUCCUUGCCAAGUGUCUCUGCUUCUCUCGGCGCGACGCUGCCCAAGAGGAGUCGGAAAAGCAGGAACCCCCAAAGCCUGUUCAGACGACCCAGAUUCCGUCUGUCAAGACUACAUCUCCUCCCGCCCCUGCGGCCACCAGAUCUGCUCCGGCCCCGGCCAAGUCAACUCCUGCUGCCUCAGCUCCCGCCAAGAAACCGGCAGCCAAGCCAGCGACAUCGUCUUCCCCAAAGGGAGGAAGCGGUGCGGGAACGGCAUCAACACUCAAUCAGCAAACGACGAUGAACUCUCUCCUCUCUGCCGAUGCUGCUGUUAGCAGCACCCACAAGACCUCUCGCCACACUAGCAGUGGAGGAGUCGGUCACAGAAGCUACAGCAGUGGUAGAGGUCAUAGUAGCUAUAGUAGCGGAUGGGGAGGAGGCGGCAGUUAUAGCGGAGGAGGUGAUGGCGGCGGCGGCGGCGGCGGUGGUGGUGGUGGUGGCUGCGGAGGCGGUGGUGGAGGUGGAGGCGGAGGCGGCUAGGUAAAUUGGUCUUCUUCCCUUAGGGACGUAAGGAUGUUAAAGGUGAUUAUCGAUGUACUUGAGUUUGUUUAGAUACUGUCGAGACGGAUUAUGUUCUAGGCUUUAAAAGAUGACUUGUUAAAGGC